UCAAAUUACCUGUAUUUAUGUAAAGACCCAUCAACAUUUUGAAGUCACUCACAUUAGCACUCGAAGAACAGAGUUUCUCAGUUCUCCGUGAUGAUAAAGCUCCAAGUUUUUUCUCUUCUGUUGCUAUACAUGGGUUCGCUGGCAAAUCUCUCUGCAGAGUAUAGCAACACAGCAUCCUUGGAUGGAAAUAAUUUCAAGGUCUACUGGACUCACAAUGCUACAUCGAACAUGAUGUACAUUGCGCUCGAGGUGAAAGCGACGGGUUGGGUGACACUGGCUUUUGCUAAGGAGAAAAGCAGUAGCAUGAAAGACUACGAUGCUUGUCUUGGAUACGUAUCUGGUGGAACUAAAGUUUUGAAUGACUAUUUGACGAAAAGCCGCAACUCACCUCCUGAAGACAGCCACAAUGACUGUAUGCUUGACGAGGCUAUGCUAAAUGGUGGUACUACUACAAUUAAGUACCACAGGAAGGUUAAUACUGGCGAUUCACAAGAUAUCGUUAUUGAGAAAGGUGAAAUAAUUGUCGUGUGGGCAUACAGAAACGCUGUAACUUCCCUCUCAAGACACGAUAAAAAGGGUUUUGAGACCCUGACGAUGAUAAGCUCCGGUAAAGCAGCUAAGCUCAAGAGUUUCUAUUGGAAAAUCACGGUUGCCUCUCUGUCUGUCGUAGUGGCCUUGUUUUUCAAAUAAAAUGGAAUCCAGCCACGCUGCCAGACAAAUUUGUUUGUUGGACAAGUUUUUUCCCCUCUCUCUCCCACGUGUCCCUCUAACUGUUGGUUUGCAAAAUGGCAAAGGCACAUAGGUAACUGUUAUAUCUUGGAUUGCAGCUUUGCGCUUAUAAAGCUCAACACUUUUUAGUUUAUAUACCCCAAACAAUAUGCACGUUAUUUGACAACUAUUCGCAGUUUGUUACAGUUUGUAAUCGUCAGAGAAAAUUCCCAUUGACUUACUUAAUAAAUCUUGUUUACCUUGGA